CAACUCCAAUUUCGCCGCCAUACUGGCGCCAGCAAAAACUGGUCGUCAGUCGUUCGCUUGCUGCUGAAAAAUUAACUUCGGCGUAAUUUAGUUGGUCUUUGUCUUUCGCUGCGCUAGUUACGAUUCGUCUCUACCGUCUCGAGUUUGCAAAAGAUUUCAUUUGAGAAUCGUAGCAAUAAUACAAAUAUUUCACGUCGCUCAAAUCAAGUACGAUAUUCGUAGCACACUUUUGUUGCUAUAGAUUUUAAUAUAUAAACAAGUUAAUGCUCAGCAGCAAGUGGUUGCUCCCUCUGUCGAAAAAUCGAAUGCGCCUUGAAACAAAAUUGACCACAAAUAAAAAAUACACCGGCCACAACCAGUUCACACAUAUCCCAGCCAUUACCUACUAGUUCUUGGAUUGUGUGAAGAAGCCAUACCCCAUCAUGCUGAUUGGAUUAGUACGCGACUCGGUGAUGCAGUGCUUCUGCCACACGUGCCGAGCUCCAGGAAUUUUGCCAGCGGUGUCAAGAAGAUCUGCGCCAAUCAAGAAAAACAACAAGAUACGCUCAAAGCAGCCGCGGCUCAGCAAGAAAGUCAAAUUUAUAACUACAGAGAUUCGCUGCCAGGAGAAGUCUCGUGGAGGGCUGAGCUAUGAGGUCAUCCUGGCUGAGCCGGCUCCCAAUGUGGCCGUUCCUAAGCGACCGGUCACCCCCGGCAAGAACGUUAGCGUCGAAGAAAUUGAGCAAAAGUUAAAGGCGGCCGAAGAACGUCGCAUUUCUCUAGAGGCAAAGAAGAUGGCUGAUAUUUCGAAUAAGCUGGCAAAAGUUGAAGAGGCAACUCGCAAAAAGGAUGAGAUCACUAAUGAGUUCAUUACUCAGACAAAGGAGCAGCUGGAGUCGAAAAUGGAGCUUCAUGUGGAGAAGCGAGAGGCCAUCAUCAGUGACAUGAAGGAAAAACUAAAGAUUCAUGCGCAAGAGAUCGAAAAGACGCGUGAAACUCUUGAGCAGCAGAAGGCGAACGAGCAGAAGGCAAUCGAAGAAAAAUUGAAAAUUGCCCAGUCCUUGCGCGACGAAAAUAUUAAGAAAAUGUUGGAUCGCCUAAAGGAGCAUAACACAAUCAAAAUUGCCGAAAUCAAAUCGCAGAACGAUCAAUUGGAAUGUCAAAAACUCGAGGAGAAGGCGCGCAUUUAUGAGAACAAAUUGUUCGCGGCCGAGCAGAACCGUGAAAAGGAAUUGCAAAAAAAAAUUGAAAAAGUUCAAAAACUCGAGCGUCGUGCCGAGCUAGUACGCCAAAACAAAGCUCAGGCCCAGGAUUUAGAUGGUCAGCAGAGUCCUAUUGCCUCAUCUGGUUAGAGAGGUUGAUCCUGCAUCGAGAGCUGUGCUCACUCACUGCAAACAAGGCGAUUACAAAAGAACAGCAACACUGCAUUAUACACCAACAUAUAUUUCAGCCAGAAAACCCUUAAAAAUAAAACCUAUUUCUUCAAACUUUUCAAGUAUUAAAAAAAGCAAACGAAAGCAAAACAAAGUCUUAAGCGCUGAGCGAGUUGAGCCGGACAACAUUUACUCGCGAGCUUCAUAACUCUUAACACGAGAAAGCUAAAAAUAAAAUUAUUGCUUGCGAAAAAUGAAUGCAAAAGUAAUAAGUAAUGGAAGUCCACAUUUAAAUUUAAUGCCGGUCAUUUAACAUUGAUUUACAAUUUGUGGUUAGUUUCUAAUUUUGGAAAAUCACAACUUUUUAAAUGUUUUUAUUAAAAUGUAUUAAUUUUGGAUUCAUAAGUUUCAUAGUUUCAGUCUUAAUUGUUUUCAUUUCUUAAUUGCUGGGGCAUCCGACUAAGGUAUGCUCAAAAUAAUAAUAGCAUGCUGCAUUUUCAUCUAAGAAAGGCUUUUUUGCUGAUACUUUAAUUAUUUUUAAUUUUAAAUAAUAUAUACAUCUACAAUUUUAAUUUAUAACUUGCGACAGCAACUUACUGAAUACAGCUUGACACAAACGUGUAAAUUGAUUUUAUUAGUUUCGCAUUUUCUAUCUAUAUAAUAAAUGUCUAACAGAAAAAAUACAUAAGAAAUGCUUAUACAAUUUAAUAAAAAUCCAAUAACAAGUAAAACACACGAACUGCAGUUUUGGUUUAUUUACAUACAAUACAAAUAUAGACAUUAACAUAAAUAAAAAGAAUCUACAUAGGUAGAUGCAUACAUAAAUGUAUGUAAUAUUAUAUAGGAACGCAUAUUUUGUCUAACGUCGAGUUAUUUUUAGAAAUGGGUUUAAGAAGAGUGAGGGGGCUAUAAUAAAAAGUAUUUAGUGCAAACCAAGUGAAUUAUUUAGGAAAAUUUUUUUCCAAAACCUGCUAGUUUUUUUUUUAAUUUUGCACCAAAGGCGCUUAAAUGAUUAGCUUAAAUUUAUAUCUAAUACAGUUAUAUAUGUGUACUCGUGUAAAACUAUGGCUUCUACAAAUGAAUAUCAAUAACAUAAAACUCUUAACAAAUGAGAAUUUGCAUAACAAAUACACGCACAGGCAUCCAAAUUAACCAGACACAAAAUCUUUCAAACAUACCAACACUAGAAAAGUGAACAACCAAAUAAACAAAAGCUUCAAUACAAUUGAUAAAAAUGCUUUGAUAUUUACUCAAUUUAUGAUACAUAUGUAUAUGUAAAUCUAAUCAUAUGAAAUAUUCAGACAAAUGAGAGAUGCAAUGAAAAAACAGUUAAAUUUUGGAAUCAAUGUUCUUAACUCAUACCAGAAAUACAAUUGCUUAUAAAAAGACUUUUUCUAGGCUCACGCAUAAAUUAAGUUUAUAUAAGCCACAAGUAACUGACCAUAUGCGAGCAAAAAUACUUCUAACAAUUGUAUAAUAAAAGUGCAUAAAACAAAUAAAUGAAAUAUUUAUAAUUGGAGAA